ACCACGUGGUUUCAUUCCACGUCUGCGAAGGGAGCGCAGAGAUUACAUUCUCAAUCAAACCCAUUAAAAAUAUUGAAUCGAUGUGAUGCUACCGGAUGAUUUGACCGUGGAAUGGAUUUAGAGGAGGCUUUCCAGGUGGUUGGAGAAUUCGGUCGGCACCAGAAGCGGAUGGUGACCAUCCUCGUUUUUCUACAGAUUUACAUGGCAUGUCAGUCCAUGCUGAUCAUUUUAGUGAGUGCUGUGCCAGAAUAUCAUGUAGAACCCGCUACUGGAGGAGAAGGUGCUGUUGAUGAUAUAACUCAGAGUAUCACAUUCUCAGAGGAUGUCAGUUCAAUCGUGACUGAGUGGUACCUGGUUAAACAGCAAGCUUAUAAGGUGAACUUGGCAGGAUCCCUCUUCUUUGCUGGUGUGCUGAUAGGAAAUGUCCUUUUUGGACCACUAUCUGAUAAAAUUGGGAGGAAGCCAGUUUUUCUAAUUGGUCUCUUUUUUGAGGUUUUGUUUGGGUACGGCACUGCUUUAGCCCCGAAUUAUGAGAUGUUUGCAGUGUCCAGGCUGCUGGUGGGGGUGAUGAAUGGAGGGAUGGCGUUGGUCUGCUUUGUUCUCACUCAGGAAUAUGUAGGAAAGUCCUACUGGGCUAUGACAGGGACCUUGACUAACAUGACCUUUGCAGUGGGCAUCGCUCUGUUCGCAGCAUUAGGUUAUUAUGUCCGGCCGUGGCGGAACCUAGCAACUGCAGCCAACUCUCCUGGACUUUUGCUCUUCCUGCUCUGUGUGAAUCUGCCGGAAUCUCCACGCUGGCUGUAUUCUCAGGGUCUUACGGAGCAGGCCGAGGACAUCCUGCAGGAUUUUGCUGUGAGGAAUGGGAAAGGUAGAAUUCCAGUUAAGCUCCGCCGUCCUGUCAGUGCCAGCGUCCCAAAUGCACCCAGCCCGGGGGUUUUACAGCUAAUCACACAUCCCAUACUGCGCUGGAGAACUGUGGUGCUCAUGUAUGUCUGGUAUUCCUGUAGCCUUGUUUAUUAUGGGUUGACCCUUAAUGCCAGUGAAGACAAAGGUAAUCGUUACCUUAGUGUUGCCAUGUAUGGCCUGGUGGAACUUCCUGCUUACCCUCUCUGCAUGUACUUCAUUAACAAACAGUGGGCAGGGAGGCGGAAGUCAAUGGCCAAUUUUCUUGCCUUUGCAGGCUUGUCCUGCCUGCUUACAAUGUUUCUACCUGAAUCAGGUUCCUUAUUGAGUGCUACGUCACUGGCCCUAGUGGGAAAAUUGAUGGUCAGUGCUGCGUUUAAUAUUGUAUAUGUGUAUACUUCAGAGCUCUACCCAACCGUUAUAAGGAAUGCAGGCUUGGGUGUGUGUUCCAUGUCCUGUAGAGUAGGAGGGAUUCUGGCUCCAUUUGUGCCCAGUUUGAAAUCAUUGCACACCUCCAUGCCGUUUAUGGUGUUUUUUUUGAGCGGGAUUUCUGCAGGCUGCCUGGGACUUCUCUUACCGGAAACGCUUAAUAAACCUUCUGCUGAAACACUUGAUGAACUUUCCAGCCCCACCUAUCAGCGAAUCUUAGAGCCGCAGGUUCACCUUUUGGAAGAGAAGCAUUUAUCUAACAACAAUGGAGCUGAUAGUGAUUGAGACUUGGACAUUGAAGACAUUUUAUUUCAGACAUUCCAAUUUACUGGUGUUUCUGAUCACAAAUGACCAGUGUCAGAAUAUUGUGCCAUACACAGACUCUCUUAUGGAUUUAUGGUGCCUUCCAAAAGAAAUGAACUCAAAGGAUCAAUGCAAAAGGAGCAACUUUGUCUAUAAUAUAUAUAGAUACAGGAAAAGGGACCAGAUCUCACAGUGACAGCUCUAGUAAUUUCAUGUUUACUGCCGUUGGUGUCUUGCUUUGUUGUUUGAAUCUGUUGCAUUUAUUUAUGUGAAUUGUGACAACACAUUGCAUUUACCUGCAUAUAUUUGUUAGUGUUCAGUUAAUAGUCAAUGAUGGUUACAAACGCAAGUUUCAUUGAUAGGAUCUUUGUUAGAGUUAAAGAUUGUUUUAGGCUGUUUCAAGGGAAUAGUUCACCCACAUCUGGGAUGGCAUGAGGAUGUGUAAAUAAUGGGAGAAUUUUCAAUUUUGGGUGAACUAUUCCUUUAAGAGGCCAAUAUUUUCUCCAAAGGAAGAAAUGAAGCGUACAAGUGUAUAUUUCUGUACAAUCCUGAACAUGCCCAUUUGUUUUUAGCUCCUGAAUUAACGGAAGCGCUUUUAAAUAAACAAAUGGCUCAAGUAUAAUAA